AUGCCUCCAUUUAGCACCCGGUCCUCGUUAUUAUUCAUCUUCGAUCUUUCAAGAGUGCAGAGGGAGGGGCGCGGGGGACGUCUGAGUCGCCUGCAGGAGUAUCCUCAUCCAACCCCGUUGCUCCUCUCCCAUCCCACCCACUCGUGUCCCUUAGAUCUCUCAAGGGUGCAGAUGAGGGCAGGGGGGGGGCAUGACGACGUAUCCCUCAAGACUGCAGAUGAGAGGGGGGCAUAUGGGACAUCCCUCAAGACUGCAGAUGAGAGGGGGGCAUAUGGGACGUGUGAGUCGCAGUGUAAGGAGCAUCUUCAUCCAACCCCGUUGCUCCUCUCCCAUCACACUCUCGUGUCUCCCAGAUCCCUCGAGAGUGCAGAGGGUGGGAGGGAUUCAAGAGUGCAGAGGGGAGCUGGGGGGACAUGUGCGUUGACUGAAAGGGUAUCUUCAACUCUCAAGAGUGCAGAGGGGGGGGCGCGGGGGACGUAUCUCUCAAUCAAGAGUGCAGGCGGCGGGGCGCGGGGGACGACACUCAAGAGUGCAGAGGGGGGUGUGCGGGGGACGACACUCAAGAGUGCAGAGGGGGGUGUGCGGGGGACGUGUGCCCAGUGUAGGGAGCAGCUGAAGGAGCUCCAAGAAUGGUUCGCAGGGGUUGAAGCAAGCAAACUGGGCGAUGCAGGCAGCGAGGGGCAGCAAGAGGAGGGGGGGCGGGGGAGGGGAGGGUCGACUACUGAUGUAUCACCUAUAAUUCCUGCCCCACUAACCCUCAUCCGCCCCUCCUUCCCUCCCUUGCUCGCCUAG